AGGGUGAUUCACACGCGAUUGGACACGACAGCGCCAUCUAACGGCCCGGAAGAGCGAUAAAAACGUAACAGAACAAGCAUUUCCGGUGACGGAACGGAAGUAGGAAGUCCAGAGAGCAUCUGAAAAAAAUUGUAGACCGCUAUGGAUGUAUUGAGGCCAGCGCUGAUUAACAUCAACGGCAGGAUUUACCGAAAAAACGCUGUUAAAGAAGAACAUUAUGAAGAUGAAGAGGAGGAGGCUUUCUCAUACUCUGGAACAGUCAGUGAGCAGUGGAUAGAUGAGCCUUGUGACACGAGUAACAUUGAGCAGACAGACCAGGGCUUCCGCUGUGCCAUAGACGUCCCAAGUGUUCUUUACAAAUACAUCAUCGGAAAGAAAGGCGAGACACGGAGACGGUUGGAAGCAGACACUAAAACUACAAUCAGUAUUCCUAAACAAGGAGUAGAGGGAAAGAUAGUGAUCACCGGCUCUCAAAAGGCAGCAGUAGCGUCGGCUUUAACACGUGUCGAGGUUUUAAUCGAGAGCUUCCGCAGGAAACAGCCGUUCACUCACUUCCUGUCUUUCGCUCUGAACCACCCACAGAUUCAGGAAGGGUUUGAACGCUUUAAAAAGGAGGUCUUGGAUCAGUGUGCGAAGGACAUGGGAGUAGAUGCGAGCGUUUUCCAAAAUCGAGCAAAGCUGCACCUCACCAUAGGAACCCUUGCCCUUCUAAAUGAACAGGAAGUAAUGCAAGCAUCUGAGCUUCUCACACAGUGUCAAGGUUUCAUCAGAGACAUAACAGAAGGAAAGCCUUUAGCUCUGCGGGUAAAAGGAAUAGAAUACAUGAAUGAUGAUCCUUCCAUGGUGGACGUCCUGUAUGCUAAAGUGUGUGUUCAGGACGGCUCUGACAAACUGCAGCAGAUAGCAGACAGGCUGGUGGAGUCUUUUGUAGCAGCAGGACUGAUGGUAAAAGAGUGGGACAGAGUGAAGCUUCACGCUACUGUGAUGAACACAUUGUUCAGAAAGGAUCCUUCAGCUGAGGAUAAAGGAGGUGCAGGAAGACCCAGUAUGAAAGAUCGAGAAGCUUUUGAUUCCAGGAACAUUUUGGAGAGGUUUAAGGAGUUUGAUUUUGGGGAAUGUCAUUUGGACGCGGUGCAGCUCUCUCAGAGGUUCUCCUCCGACUGUACAGGAUACUACUCAUCUGCUGGAAGAGUCACCUUCACCUGAUCUGUCUGCUCUGUAUACACACACACACACACACACACACACACACACACACACACACACAAACACACACUUACUGAAUCAUAUAGACUCAUAAUAAAUGUUUUAUAUUUCAGAGUGCAUGUAUCCCACUAUUGUGAGUAACUUUACACUCAGUAAUAUUACACAUUAAAGCCUUUCAGGGUUCUCCUCCCUCUUUGGGGAAAUUCAUAAAGAUUCAAACUCGAACUAUUAACUAUCCAAAGAACCCCUGAAGCUUUCUUUUCCCUAAGCGUAUAUGCUCUGGCUGCUGAAAUUGCUGUUACUGAGAUCAGUGCUGCAUGUAGCUGGUGGUCAUAUAAUUUUACUACAUUAAAACAGGUUUCCUCAGUUUA